AUGAUCACCAUAAGCACGCAAAUUCAAAAAUUCAUGACGUCACUUCACUCACAUAAAGCGUUCACGGAGAGAAUCGGAGUGAGAACGCUGAUAACGCUGCACUUUGUAGGAAUUUUAUUUAAUAAGGAUAAAGGUCAGCAUAUACUGAAAAACCCUUUAAUUAUUCAAAGUAUGGUUGAAAAAGCUGCACUUAGGCCGACUGAUGUUGUAUUGGAGAUAGGUCCUGGUACAGGCAAUAUGACUGUAAAAAUGCUUGAAAAAGCAAAAAAAGUAGUAGCGUGCGAAAUUGAUCCAAGAAUGAUAGCAGAAUUACAAAAGCGUGUUCAAGGAACUAUACAUCAAUCAAAGUUACAAAUAGUGUAUGGAGAUGUAUUAAAAUCAGAUCUACCAUUUUUUGAUUUGUGCGUUGCUAACAUCCCUUAUCAGAUAUCAUCACCAUUAGUAUUUAAGUUACUUUCACACAGACCACUUUUCAGGUAAUUACAUAUUUAUAAAAAAUAUUUUGAUAUAGAUCUUUUAGCCCAGGAAAACCGGAGUUAAAAAGAAAAAAAUUGCUGCAAGCUGAAUUUUUGCAUAGAGGUCUGUAAUAGUGUUGUUUUUAAUAUAUAAAAAUUUAUCUUCUAUGAGGGCAUGCCUGGCCAUGAAGCCAUCUUAAAAAAAUGUUGCAUAAAAUCAACAGCCAGGUUUUCUGCCAGGUUUUUUUUUGCAAAUAUCUCAACUAUUGUAUGGAAAUUAAUGUUCAGUUCGAAAUUAAAGCUGAUAAAAUUUCCCACAAUUUUAUUUUUUAAUGGAUCUCGUGCGACCAACAAUUCCCGAGAUAGAUUUUUUUUAAAGGAUAUCUUAUUUUCGUGAAUGUUACGUACAGUAAUCGAAAAAAUCGCUUUUUAUGGCCCUCGAUUUUGGAACUGAACUGUGUCCCAAAUUUUAUAUUGAGACAUUAAUUACAGAGAAGUUUGAAGUUGAGGUGACAGUUAUUAUCAGAGCUGAGAGGGGUAGAAUCAAAGUCCAUUCUCGAAUUAUCAUGGAUCUGCGAGAUCCGUUAUUUUAAGAAGGUUGAUCCAGCCGGAUGUAUAUCAAUUGCCCAUAUCGCUAACUGAUUAAUUUGAAAUAAUAUAAUUUCAUUAAAACAGUUGAAAAUUACUACGAACUGGCCGAUAUGAGUGAUGUGUGCAAUUGAACUGUGUACAAGUGCAACCACUUCCAAUGAAGACAAGAUUAACUGAAUAUCAUACUUAUUCUGAUGAUUUUGUAAAUUAAUUUGUUUUGAAUGUAAAAAAAAAACGAAUUUUCGUAAUACGUGUCUCUCCAGCUAUGAUAACAAUUGCCAUCUCAACCUGAAACUUCUUUGCAAUUCAUAUCUCAUUGUAUCAUUUAGCACACAGUUCAGUCCAAAAAAAUUGAGAGCGAAAAAAACCACCUUUUUUCAAUCACUCUUUGUUGUAUUUUCUCAAAUAUCUCAAAUUUUUUUCUGCAUCUACGUACAAAACACAUAUGACAAAAUCGAAAAAGUAUUU